AUCAAAAUCAGUUUUAAUUAAUUCUUAAGUUUGACAUUAUUAAUUCAAGAUGAAGAAAAAGGUUUUGUUGAUGGGUAAAAGUGGUUCAGGAAAAACCAGUAUGCGUAGCAUAAUUUUUGCUAAUUAUAUUGCUCGUGAUACUCGUCGUUUGGGAGCAACAAUUGAUGUAGAACAUAGUCAUGUUCGAUUUCUUGGUAAUUUGGUAUUAAAUCUUUGGGAUUGUGGUGGUCAAGAAGCAUUUAUGGAAAAUUAUUUUGCAUCACAACGUGAUAAUAUAUUUAGAAAUGUAGAAGUUUUGAUCUAUGUUUUUGAUGUAGAAUCCAGAGAAUUAGAUAAAGACAUGCAUUAUUAUCAAAGUUGCUUAGAAGCAAUAUUACAAAAUAGUCCAGAAGCAAAAAUAUUCUGUUUAGUACAUAAAAUGGAUUUAGUACAAGAGGAUCAAAGAGAUUUGAUAUUUAGAGAAAGAGAAGAAGAUUUGAAAAGACUUAGUUUGCCCCUUGAAUGUACUUGUUUCAGAACUAGUAUAUGGGAUGAAACAUUAUAUAGAGCAUGGUCUUCAAUCGUAUAUAUGUUAAUUCCAAACGUGAAAGAACUCGAACAAAGUUUGAAACAAUUUACAAAUAUUAUUGAUGCUGAUGAAGUACUUUUAUUUGAAAGAGCAACAUUUUUAGUGAUUAGCUAUUGUCAAAGACAACAUCAUAGAGAUGUACAUCGAUUUGAAAAAGUAUCUAAUAUAAUAAAACAAUUCAAAUUGAGUUGCAGUAAACUGGCAGCACAGUUUCAAAGUAUGGAAGUUAGAAAUACAAAUUUUGCGGCUUUUAUCGAUGUAUUUACAUCGAAUACAUAUGUAAUGGUUAUUAUGUCGGAUCCUGCUAUUCUAAGAAAUGCUGGUAAUAUUAUUCCUCAUUCUCAGCAUUUUGAGGACGAGUUAGCAAUGUGUGAACCGGCAGCCUUAGAACUUGUUUGUUUGAUGAACGAAAUAAAACACAUUAUAGUUUGCGGCCAUAGCGAUUGUAAAGCUAUGAAUAUGUUAUAUUCUUUGCGCGAGGAAGAAUUAGCAUCGAAAGUAAAUAGAAGGAUAUCGCCAUUAAAAGCAUGGCUUUUUGCACAUGCUAGUAGUAGUUUAGCGAGAUUUCAACAGCUUGAAAUCACUGAUUUCCGUGACCCGAUACUUUUUCAAGGUGAGACAUCUUUACGAAAAUUUGUGGCUUAUAUUGAUCCUGAAGAUAAAUUCAGCGUAGAAGAUAAAUUAUCUCAAAUAAAUACCUUACAACAAUUACAAAAUAUAGCUUCUUAUGGAUUUUUAAAAAAACGAUUGGAAAGACAUGAUUUGCAUAUUCAUGCACUAUGGUUUGAUAUUUAUACUGGUGAUAUUUAUUAUUUUAGUAGGGCAAAUAAGAAAUUCAUAGAAAUAAAUGAAUCAAGCGAAAAAUCUUUACUUACAGAAAUUAAAAAAUAUUAUUCUUAAAUUUUUUAAAUCAAAAUUAUCUCAAUUUAUAUUAAUAUCAAUAUUUUAAUAUUUAUAAUUUAUAUUUUUUUUAUAAAAAAUCAUUUUUUGGUUAAAACUGAAUUUGAUUUAUUGAAUCUCUUAUUCCAAUUUGUUGAAUUUCUAUUAAUCCAAUA